AUGGUGGGUGAUCAUGUUUGUCUUGGAGUGUCGCCCAUGAAGGGUGUGAUGCGGUUCAGAAGAAAGGUCAAGCUAAACCCUCGAUUCAUUGGCCCAUUUAAGAUUUUGGCGCGAGUGGGAGAGGUAGCUUAUAAAUUGGCCUUACCACCUAGCUUAUCGGCUGUGCAUAAUGUGUUUCAUAUUUUUAUGCUCCGGAAGUAUGUUUCGGAUGAGUCCCAUGUGUUACCACUUGAUUCAGUGGAGUUGGGUCCAGACCUGACAUUUGAGGAGGAGCCUAUAGCCAUUCUAGAUAGGAAGGUCCGUAAGCUUAGAAUUAAGGAGAUAGCUUCAGUGAAGGUACAAUGGAAGCACUGUUCAGUCGGAGAGGCGACUUAUGAGAUGGAGGCUGAUAUACGUGCUAGAUUUCCCUAUCUUUUUGAGGCUUUAGGUUGUGAGCUCGACCUUCUUGAUCUCCUAAUAUUUUCUACCAUAUUCGAGGCUAUCAUCUCGAAUGUUGAGGUAUCUGUUACAUCCAUCUAG